UGUUUUCUUAGGUAGCCUGUUAAAAUGCCCGAACUCAAUACACUUCUUUUUCCAAGAUGGCGUCGAUGAAGGACAGCGACACCGGCCUGUGGCUCCAUAAUAAACUAGGAUCAACAGACGAACUUUGGGCGCCUUCUAGUAUUGCUUCACUCCUCACCGUUUCAGUUAUCGACAAUAUACGGUUGUGUUUUUCGAGUUUGUCGCCUCCAGUGAAGCUAAAACUCUUGCUCGGGAUGCUGCAUCUUCCCAGGCGGACUGUUGACGAGGUGGGUACGCGAGUUGAUAUGACUGACUGAGCACUAGCCAGCUAGUUUAGAUGGGAUUAUGCAACAGGCAGCCUUGACCGAGUUGCUAGCUAAUGUUUCCUGAGAGGGAAGUAAAGUAGUAACGUUAAUGGACACCAUGCUUACAAGUUGUUUCAAUUGUUUACUUAGCUAGUUAGCCGCAAAUAUGGCAAUGCAGACAGUCAACAUCACUACCCCGUGUUCUCUACUCUAGUUAAACUAUCGAUAGCCAGCAGUCCGCAUCGAUCGCUUCCUUGGUUAGCUAGUUAGCUUGAUAGCUGCUAACGUCAGCUGUGUAGGUAAGUGUCUACAGACAGGCUAUAACUAACUAUCGCGGCUAGGCUAAUUCUGUCCAGUCGUAUGUUUUUGUUUUGAUUACCUAACGCACAUGCCUUCCUUUAACAAACACCACGUUAGUUAGCAGACCUAACAUGUAGCAUUGAACCUGUUUGUAGUGUAGUCGUAAUGUGUCUGAGAAUCAUUGAUGCUGAAAACUUGUCGGAGUCUUGUCAGUCAGGUGGUUUCGCUUGCCUGCCAGUUAGUGCCAUUUUGGAGUGCGUAACCAGUGAGCGACCUAGUUAGGUUACAACUCCAAACUAGUGGGAGACGGCCUUUGAAAUAGUUUUUGCUCUAAAAUCAGCUAGCCGCAGUUAAACUUUCUAUUAAACUUUGAUAAAUAUAGCUCCUCACUGGUCUACAAACAGUGUUGUAAACCAGGUGCAGUCCAUAAAAUGUCUCGACAUUGCUUUGUUUACCCAUUCUAUUUCCGUGAUAAAUAGCGGUAAGUCAUUGAAUUCGCUACAUGUAGGCUAUACAGUUAGACUUGUCGCUUACAUUUUUAUGACCAUAACAAAAUCUGUAUCUCCUGUCAUAUAUUAUCACUCAAAUUAGUCCACAGUUCUAUGCACUCCUCAGUUUCAUCCAAUUGAGCCAGCUCUGGUUGACAUUCUGCACCACAUACAUUCAAGCUUCUAUGUACGAUAGAAUAUACUUUAUUGUUCAUUUACAUGGAAAUUCAUUUUGUGCAGUCAUCAUACAAAUACACAAAAACACUGGAAAGUUUAAUAGGGCUGCGUUUACACAGGCAGGCCAAUUCGGAUAAUUGUUCCACUAAUUGGUAUUUUGACCAAUCACAUCAGAUAUUUUUCAGAGCUGGAUCUGAUUGGACCAGUUAGUGGAUAAAAUAUCAGAAUUGGGCUGUCAGUGUACAUGCAGCCUUUUUUAGCCUAACGCACACAUAUUCACAGUCCCUGCAGCCUUCUGUCCGACUAUGUAUUGGGCCUACAUUUGUCCUGUGUCCCACUGUUCAGCAGCCUGAUGGCUGAUUGAAUGAAACUUGCCAUGUUCCUAUUCUUGCUGUACAUUGGGACCUUAUAUCUCCUUCUGGAGGACAGCAGCUCAAAACAUUGGACCAGAUUGUGUGCAGGGUCCUCUGAUGCGCUUGGCCUUAUCCCUUGCCUGUCUAUGAUGGAGGCCCUGAAGCCCCCUGCACUGCAGCUUGCUGAGCUUGGAACCCAGGUUUACGGUCCUCCUGAGGAUGGCCUUGUUAGCAAUUGACAGCCCACCAUACCAGGCCAGGAAACAGAAAGUCAGCACACUCUCUAAAUGGCAGGUGUAGUACAGUGGCGGUCGGUGCUGUUUAUGAUGAGGGGGGACACAUUUUUCUUCUUCCAUGAGCAUGGCCUUAUUUCUAUUACAGCGUAUUGAAUGACUGUCAUUCAUAUUCCAUUCACCCAGUUCAAUGUAACAUCGAUAGCUUUAGGCUACUACACGAUACUCUAAUUUUCCCUAUACCCAUCAUGAGGUUACUACAACCUAGACUACGAAUGAAAGUUUACAACGUAGGUGCACACAGGUCAAGAGAGACAUUUUAGGUGACACAUGUAAACCCAGUUCACUAUGCGCUCUCCUCCUCUCACCUUUCCCUUCAUUUGUGGACUUCAAUGCACAACACAUCAGCUGUAUGUGACCAGCCGGAAAAAAACUUUCCAAACCAUAUCAUAACCGCUACACACAGCCUUCAUCGUUGGCACCAUAUUAGCUAAUAGAACUAACGCGUUAGUAAACCAGCUACAAUCAUGCAGUAACGGUAGUGUAUAGUCAGUAAGCAGUUUAGCAGUUACACCUGCGGGCUACGGUGGCAAUAAAUUAGUAAAACCAAAAGCUUACCUUCACUUGGAAGAGUUCAAGUGUUGUGUUGGAUAGUCUUAGCCAGCUAGCUAACAUAGCAUCCCUCUGUUUGAGUAGGCUAAACUAGCUAGCUGCAUUUGCUAGCUAAGUAAGUGAAACUGAAAGUGAAGAUGAAAAAAAUGAUUCUCUUGCUUCUUCAUUUUUGAAGAAAUUAAUUUGUUCAAAAGUGUUCAACUAUUGUCUUUCUCUAUUUGAGUCAAUUACUCACCACAUUUUAUGCACUGCAGUGCUAGCUAGCUGUAGCUUGUGCUUUCAGUACUAGAUUCAUUCUCUGAUCCUUUGAGUGGGUGGACAUAUCAGUACAUGCUGCAAGAGCUCUGAUAGGUUUGAAGACGUCCUCCGGUAGUUGUCAUAAUUACUGUGUAAGUCUAUGGAAGGGGGUGAGAACCAUGAGCCUCCUAGGUUUUGUAUUGAAGUCAAUGUACCCAGAGGAGGACGGAAGCUAGCUGUCCUCCGGCUACACCUUGGUGCUACCCUACAGAGUGCAGUAGAGGCUACUGUAGACCUUCAUUGCAAAACAGCGUGUUUUAAUCAAUUAUUUGGUGAUGUGAAUAUAUUUAGUCUAGUUUUAUCUAAAAAGGAUAACCUUUUGAAUGUUUUACCAUUUUUAUGAAAUUCACUGAAGAGGAUUGUCCUCCCCUUCCUCCUCUGAGGAGCCUCCACUGGUGUAGUAGUUGGAGAGUAUUCGGGUGUUGACAUAUAUUCAAUUUCCAUGCCCUGCUCUAACCUCCACAUCCACCCUCUGCCCCUACACAUCCUGCCCCAUGGAGAUUCUAUGUUCAGUUUCUUUCUAUACCUUUCUAUAAACUGCUUUAGGCCUACUGUGAGCCAUGCAUGCAUGUAAAGCGUAAAGACACAUUACCAUUCCACAAGAUUGGACGGUAACAUUUUAAAAUCUAGCUCUACUGACCUCCACAAUCACCUCCUCCCUGACCCUGUCUGUGCAGAUGAAGGAGGCCCUGUCCGAGAUCAUCCAGCUGGCCACAGUGGACUCUGAGCCCUGGGUACUGAUGGUGGCAGACAUCCUCAAGUCCUUCCCCGAGACGGGCUCCCUCAACCUGGACCUGGAGGAGCAGAACCCCAACGUACAGGACAUCCUGGGGGAGCUCCGGGAGAAAGGUGGGUACACUAUUAUUAUUAUUAUUAUUAUUAUUAUUAUUAUUAUUAUUAUUAUUAUUAUUACUACCAUAGGCUAGGGGUCAGGGGUCACAGGUCAAGGGGGAAAAUGAGAGCAGCAGGGGUCAUUGAGGAUCAUGGUUCUAGCUUUGUCACUGGAAUUAAUAUGGAAAAUGGAGCUUUGUUUUAUUGUACCUAUUUCAAAUAGGAUACAUUUUCCAGCAUGUUGGUGCUGCUCUACAAGCACCUGUUGAAUGGCCGUGUGUCAGAGUGGAGAAUCUUUUUUUGUAUUGAGUACAUGAGCGGUGCAUUGCUGAGAUCUAGACUACUUGUCCUCGUGCACUUUUUAUUUAUCAUGUAGAGGUACUGGUUGGUUAUAGUACACCUGGCUGUCUGCAUCAUGCUAACUGCUUUCGCUUGCUCUUUGGGUUAGAGUUACUGUAGAAACACUGAGUCAGCUGCUGAUGUAAAAGGGCUUAAUUAAGCUUUCAAGAUCCAUUUAGAGAUAUAAUAAACAAGAAAAUAAAUGUUACUGUUUUAUUUGGGACUGAGUCUGACUUUAAUAAAUACAUUUGAUUGAUUGAUGGAUCUCCCCCCUGCAGUGAGUGAGUGUGAGGCGUCGGCCAUGCUCCCUCUGGAGUGCCAGUACCUGAACAAGAGCGCCCUGACUACGCUGGUGGGCCCACUCACGCCCCCCGUCAAACACUUCCAGCUCAAGAGGAAGCCCAAGAGUGCCACGCUCAGGGCAGAGCUGCUGCAGAAAUGUAAGAUAAGACACUUCACUCUGUCCAGGGUACAUGACAAGAGUCUAAAAUGUCCGCCUCGUCUCUUCAUCUCAAUCUGCUCGUCAUCUUCAUCUGGGGACAAACGUAUCAAGCGUUUCAGAUUAAUAGUGCUGAUCUAGAAUCAGGUCCCCCCUGUCCAUUUACUGUUAUUCAUUAUGAUCUGAAAGACCGAACUGGUCCUAGAUCACAACUCCUACUCUGAGAUGCUUUAUGAAUUCGGCCCCUGAUCUGAAAAGGAUAAGUUAGAGCGCUAUGUCCAAUGCUUACUUGGGAGUUUCUUUCACUUGUCCAGUUGUUUUUCACACAUCAGUGCAGAUGAAGGAAAGCAGAAGAGAAAAGGAAGCCACUUUAGACUGUUGAGAUACUUCCCCAUGUUUCAGGUCUCUUCUCCUUUAUGCUAAUUUUACGGAAAGUUGAAUGGUCUUUCUAUCACAUUGGUGAAUAGUCAUGACUCAUGUUCAUUACGGCACGCACUGGAAAACAAACAUGCGCGUUUCUUAUUGGACAAGUUAAUGUAGCACCUGUUGAAUGGGCGUGUGUCAGAGUGGAGAAUCGUUUUUUGUAUUGAGUACAUGAGCGGUGCAUUAGUCGGUUUCCUUCUGUCAGGUGCCAAAUGAACAGCACCCUUGGGUGUAUUCACUAGGAACCUAAUGGAAGCAAACAGGACGAAAUGAGGAGGGACCUACCUGAAUUUGUCCAAUCGAAAGUCUUAUUUUAGUUCUAAAAUGUUUUCCAUUGCUAAAUGUUUUGCUACAAUGUGCACUAAUAAAUACACCCCAUUGACUCAUUGUUAUGUUGUGUUUUCAGCUACAGAGACCGCUCAACAGCUGAAGAAGACAGCGGGAGUGCCUUUCCACGCCAAAGGAAGAGGCCUGGUCAAGAAGAUUGACACCACCAGUGAGUUUGACACACAGACACACUUGUUGUUGCCAAGACUAUGCCUAUGAACACAUAACACCAUUUAUACCAGGAUUUAGCCUGUAAUAACUGGGAAAAAACAACAACUAAAGUCAAUAAAUAAAAUUGGCACCGGACAAUUGUCCGGGAGAAGGAAAAAAAUUCCUUUGCGAAAUAAUGCAUUUUAGCCUGUUCAUUGAUUGCAAUGAAUGUAGCGCAAGAGCUGCUGCUACAGCGCCUCAAUCAACUCGUUUGUUGCUGCUGGAGUGAAACGUGCUUUUAUUAGCGCAACAAUUCUAAAUGCAAUUGCGUGUUAAAAACAGUUUUGACGGCCAUGAUUCAAACUAGCUACAGCAAAUUGCUUCCUCGUUGUGUAGUAUGGGGACCCCAGGAAAAGCAUGCUCCAACAACAACCAAAUACGUCCUUUUAGAAACGGCAAAGCUCUCAGUAUUGUGAUGCAAGGUCUUUUAGAUGUUGUACACAUCAAAUUGUCAUUCCAAACUUGUUAUAUUCGCAAUGUUAUAUUCCAUUUUGUUCCUUUAACUGUUUGAAACAUGAACAUUUUACUGCAUAUCUUACCUUGCUUCAAAGUAUCCUAUAGCUAAAAUCCGACCAAACGUGGAGGCAAUUAUUUUAUAAAGACUUCCAUAUGCCAAUGAAACCAGUAGCCUAUUUCUCUAAUUUUAUAUUGGUUUCCUUCAUUGUCCAGUGCCAAAGGUAGAAUCCUGGUCAUAUUAGCAGCCUGUGUUUGUUGUUGCAUCUUUAGAUCUCCCCACUUUCUACAUUACUAAUGGAUAUUUUAAUCUGUCUCAUGAAACCGCUCGCAUGUGCAGUGCGCUUUUGACAAGUGUUUUCCCGCUAAUUGCAUUAUGGAACAAACAUUUGCGUGUAGCCUACUGCCUUGUGCAACUGGGUCCUGGACUUCCUGACGGGCCGCCCCAAUGUUUUGAAGGUAGGCAACAUUACCUCCUCUACACCGAUUCUCAACACGGGGGCCCCACAAGGGUGCGUCCUCAGUCCCCUCCUGUAUUCCCUGUAUAACCACUACUGCGUGGCCUCAGAGUUCCAACUCCAUCAUCAAGUUCGGAGACGACACAACAGUAGUAUGCCUGAUUACCAACAAUGACGAGACAGCCUACAGGCAGGAGGUAGGCACUCUGAUGGCAUGGUGCCAGGUAAACAACCUCUCCCUCAAAACAAAGGAGCUGAUUUGUGAACUUCAGGAGGAACCAGGCUGGACACGCCCCCAUCCUCAUCAAUGGGGCUGCCGUGGAGAAGGUCAAUAACUUCAAAUUCCUCAGUGUACACAUCUCAGAGAAGCUGAAAUGGUCUAACCACAUGGACACCGUAGUGAAAAAGGCACGACUGAGACUCUUCAACCUCAGGAUGCUGAAGAAGUCCAGCCUGUCCCCGAGGGCCCUCGGUGUACAACAGGAACACCACAGACAGCAUACUGCCAGGCUGCAUCACAGCCUGGUAUAGAAACUCCACUGCCGCGGACCCUUUAUUACUUUCCAACCCCACCACCCCUUCCCUAAUUGGAGUAAACUAGUGAACAACAAAGCUUAGGCCUCUACUUCUAGCUUAUACAUGCUAUAUACAUUUUAUGGACACAGUCAAUUUUACAAUAAUUAUAUUUUGUUUGUUUUUACUCCUGAACUUCCUCUAACCUCAACCUCGCCAAUCAUUUUCAUGAUGUCUAUCCGGUUUGCUUCUAUAUGCCAUAUCUUUCUAACUGUGCUCUUUCACAAAAGCUCUCAACCUAUAUACUUAUUAUGGACACAGUAUGCUUACGUUAUUAGUUAUCUUGUUGUUAUUACCUUACCUGCUGCUCCCCCUAUUGACAUUCUCUCUCCUGCUGCCACCCCCCCCCCCCCCCUCCUGCUUCUCUCCCUAUGGUCAUCUCCCCCCCGCCACCCCCUCAAUGGUCAUGUUGCUUCCCCCCCCCCACUAGAGAUCCUGGUUCGAAUCCAGGCUCUGUCGUAGCCGGCCGUGACCGGGAGACCCAUGGGGCGGCGCACAAUUGGCCCAGCGUCGUCCAGGGUAGGGGAGAGAUUGGCAGGCAGGGAUGUUGGUAGAGCAUGGCGUUUGCAACGGCAGGGUUGUGGGUUCAAUUCCCGCGGGGGGCCAGUAUGAAAAAAAUAAAAAAAUAUGUAUGCACUCACUAACUGUAAGUCGCUCUGGAUAAGAGCGUCUGCUAAAUGACUAAAAUGUAAAUGUAAAAAGCCUAAGAUUUUCACUGUACCCUGCAAUCACACCUGCAACCCUGUACAUGUGACUAUUAAACACUGAAUCUGUGCGCAUUGCUGCGCUUAUAAUGUGAAUAAAUAAUAGGUGAUCAACUUUUUAAGCUAAACAUUCUGAUCUGUUGCAUUUUAACAGGGUUUUUUAAGUAGCCUAGGCUUACUGGUUGUAUGAAUUUCUGCUCUAUCAUCCCACAACUGUCCCAGAGUCUGUUUUGGAAUAGGCCAAGCUGACAAAUGGAAUAGGUCAACCUUUCUACUAUGGGGUAUAGUAGAUCGACAUACGCUAGUGAUUUUGCUGUUCGUUACUCGUCUUGUUGGCUGAGAAAAUGUAAAUAUGGACAGUUAUUCUAACAUCUUCAAAUUGCGCAAGUUGCAUCCUCGAGUUGCAUGUUCGGUAAAGAUGAACUACCAUACUCUAAAUGUGAUUUCUGUCAUUCUGAGCACCGUGGGUGGACGCCCUAAUCAGGUUACACACCCAAUGCAUAUGGGUCUGGUACAUUUCUCAAAUGUCCGGUAAAUGCUGCCAGUCAAAUGUCCGGCGUCAUAUUUUCCUAACGGAAAACCUGAUUUAUACCCACUGGUGUCUGAUUGGUUGCUGAGAUAUCAUGUUUUCUACCCUUCCUUCCAGCACCCCUGAAGGGGAUACCCAAAGCCCCGUUCCGCAGCCCCACCACCCCCAGCAUGUUCAGCCCCCCCAGCAACCGCACACCCAUCGCCCCAGCACGGACACCCCUGCGCAAGGAGAGGGGGGUCAAGGUGACUAAGGGGGCUUAACAAGUGGCAUUGGCUGCCUCCCAAAUGGCACCCUGUUCCCUACAUAGUGUAUGUUCAAAUGUGUCAACAGAAGCUGAUGCACAUUAUUCUCUGUUCUCCAGUUGUUAGACAUCUCAGAGCUCGAUAUGGUGGGAGCUGGUAGAGAGGCAAAGAGGAGGAGAAAGACUUUGGGUAACUACCUUUUCUAUUUCCAUCUGUCCCUCUCUAGUUAGCAGUCUUCACUAUUGUUCACCAUCCUUCAGACUCAUUGACUCUUAUAAAUGAUUUAUCUGCUAGUGGUAUUUGCUACAACAUUCAGGACAAGAGAAGUUGAAGUUGUUUAGCAAAGUUGAGUAUCUUCACUUAAACCACUUACGGCCCCGUGUCUCUGUCUGUCUCUGUCUCUCUGUACAGAAACCGAGGCUGGGGAGAAAGCUGCUAAAGAGGAGGCUGUGGUGGAGAACGCUACCCCAGACUAUGCUGCUGGACUGGUGUCUACACAGGUAGGAACACACUCACACACACUCAUUCACUGUCAUUCUGUAAUGCAACUUUAGAAAGCGGUAUUGAAUUGUAACCCACUUCUCCUGUGUUUCAGAAACUGGGUGCGUUGAACAAUGAGAGCGCCCUGCCGUCUACGAGCUACCUGCCUGCUACCCCAAGUAUGGUCCCCUCCUCCUCCUACAUUCCCAGUUCAGAGGCACAGCCAGGUAAGAGAGACAACUACAUAGCUGUUACUCCAAUCUCAGGGUAACCCUGCAUUUGGCUAGCCUGGGUAUCAGUCGGUUUGUACUAACAUUCCACUUUUUGUACUCCAGACAAGUUUUCUGUACUUACUCCUAUCCAAUCUUCUCAGAUGUGCACAACCAAUUGGCGAUUGACAGUGAUAUAGCGAUAGUCUCAGAUGUCGAUAACUGGGUCUUCUUCAUUCUAGUGAACGCAGGUGGUUUGGGGCGUGACGCCCUGCAGUCAGGUCGCCAGCCUGAGGAGUCAGCCACGCCCGGUGCUGCUGCCACCACCACCACCCUCCCGGGCCAGUUCAAACAGAGGACGCCCAUGUACAACGCCAGCAACACUGCCACCAGCCCCACCGCCCCUGCCUCCCCCAGCACGCCAGCCAGCACCCCCGCCAGCAGCAACGGCCCCCCGGCCGCCGCCACCGCCACACAGCCCGAGACCCCCACCACGCAGCCCCCCGCUACCCUCCAGCCCCCGACGCCCAUGCCCCAGCCCAAGAAGAACCUCUCGCUCACGGUGAGUUGGCUAAAGGCAUCAUUGGGACUUCCAAUAUCCACACUAGUAUUCUACUUGGAAUGAAGCAUUAUAUUUGGCGAGCAUUCUAAUCUGGACUUGUGCUACUUAGUAUGUGAGACUGCUAUGCUUACAUACAAACAUUGACUGUAGAGAUUGUAGUACAGUAUGUGGAAUGGUGGUUUUACUUGCGAUGACUGUGAUAUGUGGUUGUUUUACCUACCUAUCUGUGUGGUGUGUAACCUCUGUGCCGCUGUAUGUAACCUCUGUCCCUGUGCUGUGGUCUCUUCAGAGAGACCAGAUGUAUGCUGCUCAGGAAAUGUUCAAGACGGCCAACAAGGUGACCAGACCAGAGAAAGCUCUUAUCCUGGGCUUCAUGGCCGGAUCCAGAGGUACUGUACUGCUUUCUGCUAAAUACUCCCCCGUUUUAGUAAUAAGUAACAGCUUUUUGCAACAGAGAAUAAAUAAUCCCUGGAGUAUGUCCACCUAGUCGUAUACUGUGAGUUUUCCACGUACUAGUAAUGUUUUAGUAACGUGUUGGACUGGGAUGUGGAUAUGUGAAAGCGCUCUGGUGGGGGUCGAAUCUAAGCUUAACUGGCUAUUUACUCACAUGCAUGUGAGUACACAAACACACCUUCCAACACUCUUACCCUCACUGCUAGUUCAAAAUGUAUUUUCACCAUAUUACCACAACUUCUCUGUUGUAUCCCCCCCCCCCCCCUCCUCCUCCUCCAGAGAACCAUUCUAUCUUAUCACUCUACAACAUCUCUAACUGUUCUAUCCCCUCCUCCUCCAGAGAACCCGUGUCCGGAGCAGGGGGACAUUAUCCAGAUAAAGCUGAGUGAACAUACAGAGAUCCUGCCCAAGGCGGACGGCACGGGCAGCACCACCAUGCUGGUGGACACAGUGUUUGAGAUGAACUACUCCACAGGACAGUGGACCCGCCUCAAGAAGUACAAACCCAUCACCAACGCCUCCUGAGGUGGCUGCUGGCCUGCCUUUCGGGACUAAACACGCACACACACACACACACACACAUAUUUACAUGCAUGCGCAAGCAUCAACACACACAGGCCAAAUCUUCCUCUGGUGGCCAGGGACUUGUCACACACACUUGUGCAUACACACAUGGGCCAAAUUCAGUGCGUGAGCGG